CCUGAUGGUUUCCUCUUCCUUAAGUCACUCCCUCUCCUCCGGCCCUUAACUAUUUUUUAGUAAUUUACAUUCUCGAAUAUAUUUUUAACUUAUUUUCGUCGGCAAAUCUAGCAAGUUAUUUAAUCAGAAAAUAAUACUACUAAUUGUGUGACUUUGGCAGAAGCAACUAGCACUAGCAGAGCAGCAACUAAAACUCUCUCUUCCUUCGGCUAUAUAUAUAAAUCAGAAUCCAACAUUCACACACUGUCAAACACCUUUCUCUCAAUUUCGAAUCUCACUUUCUCUCCGCGUUCACACAAUGCUCAGAUAGCACCUUCAUCUUCUUCCUAGAUCUGCUUCUUGCUAUAGAACCAGAGUUAUUAAUCAGGUACAAUCAUCAUUGGUGAGUUUGAUCCGACAACAUGGCUUUAGGGAAAUAUUCUAGAGUAGAUGGUAGAAGAUCAUCGAGUUACUGUUCAACAGUGACUAUAGUUGUGUUUGUUGCUCUAGCCUUGAUUGGGGUUUGGAUGAUGACAUCAUCUUCUGUAGUUCCUGUGCAAAACGAGGACGUGCCUCAGGAGAGUAAAAGUGAGGUGAAGGAACAGACUGAGGUGAGGGAACAGGUGAGUGAAACUGAUAAUAGCAAUGCUCGGCAGUUUGAAGAUAAUCCGGGUGAUUUGCCUGAGGAUGCGACCAAGGGGGAUAGCAACGUCAGCUCCGAAGAGAAGUCGGAGGAAAAUUCCACGGAGAAGUCUUCUGAAGAUACGAAGACAGAAGACGAGGGUAAGAAAACAGAGGAUGAAGGUUCCAAUACAGAAAAUAACAAAGAUGGCGAAGAGGCGUCUACUAAGGAAUCUGAAUCUGAUGAGAGUGAAAAGAAAGAUGAAUCAGAGGAGAACAACAAGUCUGAUUCAGAUGAAAGUGAAAAGAAAUCUAGUGACUCGAAUGAAACAACAGAUAGUAAUGUAGAGGAGAAGGUGGAACAAAGCCAGAACAAAGAAUCUGAUGAAAACGCUAGUGAGAAGAAUACAGAUGAUAAUGCCAAAGACCAGAGUUCAAAUGAGGUAUUCCCUUCUGGGGCUCAGUCUGAGCUUCUAAAUGAAACUACGACACAAACUGGAUCGUUUUCUACUCAGGCAGCAGAGUCAAAGAAUGAAAAGGAGAUUCAAGAGUCCUCCAAGACUGGGUACAAUUGGAAAGUUUGUAAUGUUACCGCUGGCCCCGACUUUAUCCCAUGCCUUGACAACUGGAAAGUGAUUAGGAGUCUUCGCAGCACUAAACAUUAUGAACAUCGAGAAAGGCACUGUCCUGAAGAACCUCCCACCUGCCUUGUCUCUCUUCCUGAAGGAUAUAAGUGCUCUAUUGAAUGGCCUAAAAGCAGAGAAAAGAUAUGGUAUUACAAUGUUCCACACACUAAGCUUGCUGAAGUUAAGGGGCAUCAAAAUUGGGUGAAAGUUACGGGUGAGUAUCUUACUUUUCCUGGUGGUGGAACCCAAUUCAAGCAUGGGGCACUUCAUUACAUUGACUUUAUACAAGAGACUCUGCCUGACAUUGCUUGGGGCAAACGCACACGUGUUAUACUAGAUGUUGGAUGUGGAGUUGCCAGCUUCGGAGGCUUUCUCUUUGAUAGAGAUGUACUUGCAAUGUCACUUGCACCAAAGGAUGAACAUGAAGCUCAGGUUCAAUUUGCUCUUGAGAGGGGGAUUCCUGCUAUAUCUGCUGUAAUGGGCACAAAGAGGCUUCCCUUCCCUGGGAGAGUAUUUGAUGCAGUCCAUUGUGCACGUUGUAGAGUUCCAUGGCACAUUGAAGGUGGUAAACUUCUUUUGGAGCUGAACAGAGUAUUGCGGCCUGGUGGUUUUUUUGUAUGGUCUGCUACUCCUAUUUAUCAGAAGCUUCCUGAAGAUGUUGAAAUAUGGAAUGAGAUGAAAGCACUAACAAAAUCAAUAUGCUGGGAACUUGUUUCAAUCAGCAAGGAUCAAGUUAAUGGAGUUGGUGUAGCCAUAUACAAGAAGCCACUAUCCAAUGAUUGUUAUGAGCAACGAUCAAAGAAUGAGCCUCCACUGUGUCAAAAAUCUGAUGAUCCCAAUGCAGCAUGGUAUAUUAAAUUGCAAGCAUGCAUACACAAAGUGCCAGUUAGUUCAAGUGAACGUGGGUCACAGUGGCCAGAAAAGUGGCCAGCCAGGCUGACCAAUGUACCAUAUUGGUUGUCAAGUUCCCAAGUUGGAGUCUAUGGUAAGCCGGCCCCUGAAGAUUUUGCUGCUGAUAAUAAACACUGGAAACGUGUAGUGUCCAAGUCUUAUCUAAACGGAUUGGGAAUUCAGUGGUCAAAUGUACGGAAUGUCAUGGAUAUGAACUCAAUCUAUGGAGGAUUUGCUGCAGCUUUGAAAGAUUUGAAUAUUUGGGUCAUGAAUGUAGUUUCAAUAGACUCCGCAGAUACCCUUCCCAUUAUUUAUGAACGGGGUCUUUUUGGUAUAUAUCAUGAUUGGUGUGAAUCAUUUAGCACCUAUCCCAGGACGUAUGAUCUCCUCCAUGCAGAUCAUCUCUUUUCGAAGGUUCAGAAAAGAUGCAAUCUAGCUUCUCUGGUAGCUGAGGUUGAUCGAAUUCUCAGGCCUGAAGGAAAGCUUAUUGUCCGGGACACUGUUGAGGUCAUUAAUGAGCUUGAGAGCAUGGUAAAGUCCAUGCAGUGGGAGGUUCGCAUGACCUACUCCAAGGAUAAGGAGGGUUUGUUAUGUGUCCAGAAGUCCACCUGGCGGCCUAAGGAGACGGAGACACUCAAGUAUGCUAUUGUUUAAGCACGGAUGAAAUGCCAAAAUACUUGGGUUCCGGCUGCUCAAAAUUCUUGUGUAACUGUACUAGUCAUGUAUCAUUCUAGUUAUAGGAAUCUAUGUAUUCGUCUUUUACCUUUGGUCAUUAAUUUUGAUAUCCUUUAUUUAUAUUUAGAGAUUGGUGUUUUCUUCUAUAAUAUGGUGCCAUAGGGUGAGGAAAAUCCAAUCACAUUCUUGCAAAUGUAGAGGCCAUUGAUUUAUUUAUUUUAUAUGCGUAAUAGUCGGGAAUUCAGAAUAUGCAUGACACUAUAAUUUGUAGUAUUUAUGCAACUGAAUAUAUGGAUUGGAUUAUGACCUGAAUGUUGAAUA